UUUGCCGCCAGAACACAGGUGUCGUGAAAACCACCAUGAACUCAAACCCAAGAUGGGAAAGGAAAAGACUCACAUCAACAUCGUCGUCAUUGGACACAUAGAUUCCGGCAAGUCUGCCACUACUGGCCAUCUGAUCUACAAAUGUGGUGGGAUCGACAAAAGAACCACAGAGAAAUUUGAGAAGGAGGCUGCUGAGAUGGGGAAGGGCUCCUUCAAGUAUGCCUGGGUCUUGGAUAAACAGAAAGCUGAACGGGAGCGAGGUAUCACCAUUGAUAUCUCCCUGUGGAAAUUCAAGACCAGCAAGUAUUAUGUGACCAUCAUUGAUGCCCCAGGGCACAGAGACUUCAUCAACAACAUGAUCACAGGCACAUCUCAGGCUGACGGUGCUGUCCUGAUUGUUGCUGCUGGUGUUGGUGAAUCUGAAGCAGGCAUCUCCAAGAAUGGACAGACCCGUGAGCAUGCCCUUCUGGCCUACACGCUGGGUGUGAAACAGCUGAUUGUUGGUGUUAACAAAAUGGAUUCCACUGAGCCACCCUACAGCCAGAAAAGAUACGAGGAAAUUGUUAAAGAAGUCAGCACGUACAUUAAGAAAAUUGGCUACAACCCUCACAUAGUAGCAUUUCUGCCAAUUUCUGGUUGGAAUGGUGACAACAUGCUGGAGCCAAGUGCUAAUAUGCCUUGGUUCAAGGGAUGCAAGGUCACCCGUAAAGAUGGCAGUGCCAGUGGAACCACACCGGUUGAAGCUCUGGAUUGCAUCCUGCCACCAACUCGUCCAACAGACAAGCCCCUGCGUCUGCCCCUCCAGGAUGUCUACAAAUUUGGUGGUAUUGGUACUGUCCCUGUGGGCCGAGUGGAGACUGGAGUUCUCAAGCCCAGCAUGGUGAUCACCUUUGCUCCAAUCAUUGUUACAAAAGUAAAGUCUGUUGAAAUGCACCAUGAAGCUUUGAGUGAAGCUCUUCCUGGGGACAAUGUGGGUUUCAACGUCAAGAACGUGUCUGUCAAAGAUGUUCGCCGUGGCAGUGUGGCUGGUGACAGCAACAAGGACCCACCAGUGGAAGCAGCUGGCUUCACAGCUCAGGUGAUUAUCCUGAACCACCAAGGCCCCGUCAGUGCUGGGUGUGCACCUGUGCUGGCUGGUCACACGGCUCACAUUGCUUGCAAAUUUGCUGAGCCGAAGGAGAAGAUCGAUCGUCGUUCUGGGAAAAAGCUGGAAGAUGGCCCCAAGUUUUUGAAAUCUGGUGAUGCCGCCAUCGUUGAUAUGAUUCCUGGCAAGCCCACGUGUGGUGAGAGCUUCUCUGACUGCCCUCCUCUGGGCCAUUUCGCUGCUCGUGACAAGAGACAGAGUUGCUGUGGGUGUCAUCAAAGCAGUGGACAAGAAGGCAGCUGGAGCUGGCCAAGUCACCAAGCCUGCCCAGAAAGCUAA